AUGAGCCGAGGAGCCAGAACGGAGAGGCAGGCCAAGGGACCACUUAAGACUGUCAUCAACCACACCAGUCAUCACCCACACCAGUCAUCACCCGCGGCCGUCAUCACCCACCUCAGUCAACACCCGUGGACGUCACCACCCGUGCAUCAUCACCCGCAGCCGUCAUUACCCGCAGCUGUCAUCACCCGCCCGUCAUCACCCACGGCUGUCAACACCCGCGCCCGUCAUCACCCACGCCAAUCACCCGCCGUCAUCACCCGCGGCUGUCACCACCCGUGCCAGUCAUCACCCGCAGCCGUCAUCACCCGCGCCCAUCAACACCCGUGCCCGUCAACACCCGCGCCCGUCAAUACCCGCGCCCGUCAACACCGCGCCCGUCGUCAUCACCCGCAGCCGUCAUCACCCGUGGCCGUCACCACCCGUGCCAGUCAUCACCCCGGCCGUCAUCAUCCGCGGCUGCCAUCAUCAGCGGCUGUCAAUCACCCGCGGCUGUCAUCAUGUCAUCGCGGCUGUCAUCACCGCGGUUGUCAUCACCGCACCGUCAUCACCCACGCCGUCAUCACCCGCGGCUGUCAUCACCCACGGCUAUCACCGCGGCCGUCACCACCCGUGCCAUUCAUCACCCGCGGUCAUCAUCCACGGCUGUCAUCAUCUGCGGCUGUCAUCGCGGUUGCAUCACCAUCAUCACCCGCGCCCGUCAUCACCGCGCCCGUCAUCACCCGCGCCCAUCAUCACCCGCGCCCGUCAUCACCCGCGCCCGUCAUCACCCGCGCCGUCAUCACCGCGCCCGUCAUCACCACACCAGUCAUCGCCUGUCAUCACCCCGCCGUCAUCACACCACACCAGUCAUCACGCGACCGUCAUCACCCGCGCCAGUCAUCACCUGCCGUCAUCACCACAUCUGUCAUCAUCAACAUCACUGCGGCUGUCAUCACCGCGGCCGUCAUCACCGUGGCCGUCAUCACCCGCGGCCGUCAUACCCGCCGUCACCACUGUGCCAGUCAUCACCAGCGGCCGUCAUUACUGCGUCAACACCUGCGCCUGUCAUCACCCGCGCUAGUAAUCACCGGCGCCAGUCAUCACCACGCCCGUCAACAUGUGAGUCAUCACCCGCAGCCGUCAACAUCUGUGCCAGUUAUCGCCCGCGGCCGUCAUCAACUGCGCCUGUCAUCACCAGCGCUUGUCACCAGCGCUUGUCAUCACCUGCGCUAG